AGCGACAGUCAUGAUGGAAAACACCGAACGAGCCUCAGAAGAUGUCAGCGUGAAACUUGCAGUAACGUUUAUUCAAUGGAGAAAAGAAAAAUGCCAGCAAUCGGAAUUGAUUUGGGGACAUCAUUUUCGUGUGUUGGUGUUUUUCAAAACGGCAAAGUGGAAAUUAUUGCAAAUGACGAAGGGAAUCGCACAACACCAAGUUAUGUUGCUUUCUCGAACACGGGACGCCUCAUUGGAGACGGAGCCAAAAGUCAGGUAACUAUGAAUGCUGUAAACACGAUUUUUGACGCGAAACGAUUGAUCGGACGCAAGUUUAACGAUGACAGGGUCCAGGAGGACAUGAAACUCUGGCCGUUCAGGGUCGUUAAUGACUUGGGGAAACCUAAAGUUGAAGUAUCUUACAAGGAAGAAAUGAAGAGGUUCACGCCUGAAGAAAUCAGCUCUAUGGUCCUAGUGAAAAUGAAGAAGAUUGCAGAAGCAUAUCUUGGACAAACAGUUAAAGAUGCCGUCAUAACUGUGCCUGCAUUCUUCAAUAACGCGCAAAGGGAGGCUACCAGGGAUGCAGGUGCAAUCGCGGGUCUUCACGUUCUUCGCAUUAUGAAUGAGCCAACUGCUGCAGCCCUUGCAUACGGACUAGAGCAAAAUGACAGAGGUGAGAGAAAUGUGUUGGUCUAUGAUUUAGGAGGAGGAAAAUUAGAUGUAUCCAUAGUUACAAUUGACAAUAUUUCUGUUUUUGAGGUUUUGUCUACUGCUGGGGACACGCAUCUUGGAGGUGAAGACUUUGACCAUGUCCUAGUAAAUCAUUUCGUGGAAAAAUUCCUGCUGAAGCACGGAAAGGACGUUACAGGCAACAGCCGGUCACUGAGACGACUGAAAAUGGCCUGUGAGCGAGCUAAGAGGAUCCUGUCGAGUAGUACAGAGACCUGCAUCCAGCUGGACGCAUUCUUUGAGGGCAUUGACUUUUACAGCAAUAUUUCUCGUGCAACUUUUGAAAAACUUUGUGAUGAUUUGUUCCUUCAAACCCUAGAAUCAGUGAAGAGGGCGUUAUUAGAUGCUAACUUGGAGACAAACCAGAUCGAUGAGGUGGUAAUGGUGGGGGGAUCAACGAGAAUUCCACAAAUCCAAAAAAUGCUUCAGGACUUCAUGGGAGUUAAAGUGUUAAAGAGAUCCAUAAACAUAGAAGAAGCUGUGGCCUAUGGCGCAGCGUGUCAAGCAGCCAUUCUUGUUGGAGACAGAGGUGACUUGCUCAAAGACAUUGUUCUUGUGGACGUGGCUCCUUAUUCCCUGGGCAUCGAGACAGCAGGGGGAUUUAUGGACAAGGUUAUUCACAGAAAUACCAGAAUUCCAGCGAGGGCAUUGCAGACAUUUACAACUUUCUACAACAAUCAGAAGGGGGUGACAAUUGGUGUUUUUGAGGGCGAACGAGCCAUGACCAGGGAUAACAACUGUGUGGGGAAGUUUGAACUGAAAGGCAUUCCCCCAGCUUUGUGUGGCAUUCCCCAGAUAGAGAUCUCGUUUGACAUUGAUGCCAACGGAAUCGUGGAUGUGACUGCUAGAGACAAGAAAACGGGAACAUCAAACCAGAUCACGAUCUCGAAGAACAAGCUGAGUAUGGAUGAAAUAAUCCGCAUGAUGAACGAAGCAAAAAAGUACCAAGAGGAUGAUGAAAUUGAACGUCAGCGUGUAGAAAUCAGAAACUGUCUAGAGUCGUACUUGAUUUCCGUGCAGGAACAGGUACGGAAUGCAGAUGGGAAUGUGCAUUUAGAAGAAAUAAGAACCAUUUCUCUACUGUAUAGGGACACAUUUUCCUGGCUGGAUGGUACUGGUCCAGUGGACCUAAUGGCAUUACAGCAGAAGUUACUCGACGUACAGCAAAUGUGCUCACCAAUCCUUGAAAAACUUCAGUGCAGGGCACAAAUCCAGCAGUUUACCAGCAUAGAAUUUGCUUGAGCACAAUCCAAAAUUCAUAUGUUACAAUGUAAUAUUAUUUGCUGUUUUUUUUUUUCUUAGCUAAAUCUGCCAUUAUCUACAGUUGUUAAUUAAUCUAAAGCAAUUAAUUGUCCCGGUGAUUAUGUCCAAAACACUGAUGUACAAGUCUAAUAUUUUGGUAUAAUGUGUAAUUGUUGUAAUAUAUUUUUUUUUGGACAGUGGGAGGGUGUCCUACAUAUUACAGAGUGUGAAUAUGAUGCACUAGAGUUUAAUUUCCCUUUGAACUUUGUAUAUUUUUUGGAAAAUUUACUUUUGAAAGAGAAGAAUCGUCUCUAUACCCCCGUUUUUUAAAUAUGAUUUGUCCAAUGCAAGUAGCUUUAUGAUUGUUCAUUUUGUCCUUCCAUAUCAAAUUAAUUAGCACAGAAAUGCUUGGGAUUUUUUGUUCCUUGAGCUCGUCAAUAAGAUUGAGCAAUUUUGUUUGAAUAAAAAAAUUCAG